ACCAUGUCGACGCUUCCAAUCUAACCGAGGAUCGUGUACGUCGUCACUUACCGUCGAAAAAAGAGCGAGAAAAAGCAGAUUGGUUCCGUGGAUAUCAUGGAUGUGGAUCCAUUGUUUCUACUGCCUGCGGGAGGUAGACGUUUUUACCAUUAAAAGUAAAUCAAACCAGGGGAGAAUACCCCUUUCAAAACCAGAUAUCUAUUGAGGGGUUGUUUCAUUUUGUACUCAGUUCCACUGAUUUUAUUCAUGAGAAGUCAAGAGAUUUUAACGCUGCAUUGGUUGAUUCAAGCUAACAUGGCUCCAACCCUCGUCACUCGACAGUCAUCGAGCCUUGGUCGACACUCACAGAUCAUUGCAGGCUGGGAUCUUCUGAGCUGCGAAGCGGACUCCACGCAGUGACUUGGAGCGUGCAUACUCUCAACACUACCUCAAGAUUGGUUCUUGACUUUUUCUUUAGAGCCCAUUUGCCUUUUACUGUCUUCCUCUGAAGUGCCGAUAAAUUCUGCGAUUCAAGAAUGGCGCGGCCUUGACCUCAUUCUGAUGUGACGUCUGUGUUUUGUCGUGAUCACAUAAUAUCCAGCCUAUACCAUUGCCUGUGUAGAUAACAAGUGUGCUGCCUGUACUGUCAGAGCUGACGUUGCUUCUGGAUAUACCAAAGACCUAUCAACCUUUGGAAGAUCACCCACCGCCAAAAUGUUGCAGCCAGAGAUGUCGAAUAUGCCGAUGAGCGCUAUGAGUCGGGAGAUGACCACGAGAGGGUCGGGGCGACUGCAGAGGGUCAGGGAGAAUGAGAAUGAAGACAUAGCCGAAAUCAAGAAGGGUCACUCGGUCCCAGAGAUUGUGCCAAGAGUUGUCCGAGCCGUUGUUCCGCACCUGGCCCUCAUGGCCGUCUUCUUCCUCUACCUUGCUUUCGGGGCAUGGGUUUUCUUCAUGCUGGAGAACGACUGUUCUAUGAAAUGCCAGAUGGAGCUACAGGAGGCCAAGAUGAAGAUGAUGGACAUCGCGGCAAAUAGAACACUCUGCAACCCGUCGGGGUCCACGGCGCUUCCUCCGCAAGACGCAAGGGGCCGGAUGACAUCACCGAGCGGAGGGGAUGGCAAUGACAGUGUGGCGCCCUCUGAAAGCAGCGAAGUUUGUGAUGAUAUUAUCAUGGAAGAGAUGGAUGAACAUUUUGACGUUGUGAUGAAGAAGAUGGUACGUUCUGGUAUGACCGUUGGAAAGAUGGAUUCCAUACUUGUUGGUCGGACGUGGAAUCUUACCAGCGCCAUGCUCUUCAGUAUGACCACCAUUACCACUAUUGGAUACGGGGACAUCGCCCCAGAGACAACGGGAGGUCGUGUAUUCUGUAUCUUUUACGCCACCUUCGGAAUACCACUGGCUCUCCUCUUCUUGGCCAACAUCGGAAACCUCAUGGCCCGUCUCACUCUCAAGAUCUGCAGGGCGACGCACCACUGUCUUUUCGUACGCCAUAAGAUCGGGGCUAGCUGUCGCGGAUGCCGCGGAUCGUCGAAGAACCACCCCGAAUCGUCAUCCCAGAGAAAGAUCGUCAACGGCGAGGUAGAGAUACCCUUGGAAGACGUCGAUCUACCACCUCCUUAUGAUUCGACAAGGAGGCGAGAUGAAAAGGGUAGUACAGAAAAAACAUUGGACGUCAAUACGAACGAACACGCCAUAAUGCGUUCGGUAUCAAUAGCCACUGAGAGGCCGACGUCGCAUCCUCGAGGCGUGACUAAACAACCGAGUGCAGAUGCAUGCCAGGUUUCGACGUUACCACCCUGCAGUUGCGAACCUAACAAAUGCCAGUGCCAUCAUAAGCCGGACGUCCUGGAAGAAGUUCCUCUGCUUGUCGUACUUGUCAUUUUGAUAGUUUACAUGUGUGGGGGCGCUGCAUGGAUGGCUUCGUCCGAGGGUUGGGACUUCGGCACAGGGAUUUACUUCAUGUUCAUCACGCUCACCACUAUAGGGUUUGGCGAUGUCUUGCCCAUGAAGCACUAUGCGGACGAUGUCUUCAUACCAUGUGUCUUCUUCACCCUCUUUGGUCUCGCCAUCAUGUCCAUGUGCAUCGCUCUUGUCCAGGUUAAAAUAUUGAGGUGUUAUCAAGUGGUGAAGACCAAGUUUGGUCUCUGCUGAUAAUAUCAUCCUGAGAUGGUCAUGGUAUGCGAACAUCGAAAACAAUGAAGACCAGACUUAUAUAAUGCAGACUUACCAUGGAUAUUGAAUUCUUCUGUGAAGACAGUAUUGUAUCAAACGUGUUCAUAAUUGAAAUUAGGCUCAUCGAUUUUUUUCAGAGACGAGUGAUCAGAUGAAAGAUGGGGGAAUACUCUCCAAAGAUCAAAGAAUUAAUCAAGAAACUAAGCCUGUACUUGGAUGAAAGUUAGAUCUUGGUGUUCUUACAGCAUGUACAGAGAGCUACAACAAUGUUGCAUGACACGCGGCUUUAGUAUGGCAAUGCCUGGAUGAUCCAAUGACAGUCGACGAUGCCUGCAAAGAUCCGUUUAAGUAAUUCAAUUCAAUUCUUUUAUUUCAUUUCCAUUCAAAACAUAAUACAAAGUAAUAUGAAACAAUACAAAUCAAAUACAAUUUUACAGAAGGGCAUUCUUACUUCGUAAAAAAACAACAACAGUAUAAUAUAGAGCAUAACCUAAGUAUCCUUAGGUUUCCAGAUAUCCUUGACCGCUAUGCUACUGUCUCACCAACGAAACCGAUUCCAAACCGACCGAAGGUCUGUCUUUGGUAAUAACGCAAGAUCGGUCAGGGGAGCAUUUCAUCCGACAAGUCCCAUUUUAUCCGACAAAUACCAUAGUGACAGUGUUUCUCAGCCGAUCAAAAUCAAGAAAAAAUGUCAGAUCUGACAAAUUGUCGGACAAAAAUGUUGAUGAAACGCCCCCCCCCCUGGAGUCGGUUUGCUGAAGUGACCAUAAUUAUAACAUUAUCAGUUAUACGGGUGUUUAUAACACUUUUACAGAUAUCACCAAGUUGACUCCCAUAAAGAACAAAUAAUUAAUGGGAUGAGAAGAGAUGCACAAGAUCAUCACUUCAUGGCUUUCGGGGUUCAACAACUUUUCUUGUUCUUUAAUGCCACAUGUUUCGUCUUUGGGAGUUUUAUGUUCUGUUGUAUAUUACAAAACUCCGAAACCAAAGUUUUGUGAUCUGAAUUCGACCAAUCUCCCAGUAUUAAACAAUUUAUUGAUAUGAUUAAAGAUCAUUAAUACCCUUUUGAGUGCUAUUGUAUUUGUUGUGAAUAUGAUCAUACCAUCGGAGUGGGAGUUGGAUGGCUAGAAUGUAAAAGCAGCAUAACACAAAAUGGUCAACCCUGAAUGUCAAAAGUCUAAAUUUUGCAUUUAAGAUUAGUGGUGAUAUAUAAAUUGUGUACAUUGGAUUUUGAAUGUUGACCGUAUCCCGUAUUUCAAGCCACUGCAUCUCCAUGCAUACAAGCCAUUAUCAUCAUGAUCAUAAUUUAUUUAGAAGGGUAGGCCAGAGAAUCAAGUGAUAUUUUGAUGGUAUCAAGUGCAUCGAUUAUAACCAAGACAUUUAAGAGCGAAAUUAUCGAUCAAAGUCGAUCACUUCUUUGAGAAGUCUUGACAUUAACCAGAAAAUCAUUGUACAUGCAUUUCAAUUACGAUUUUAUUAUCUAGAGUUUUUUUGGAAUCCAUAUCGAAUUACUUGCUUUAUUUCUUUUUUAUCGUUACUGCGAUACGCGGUACUUUUUCUACAGACAAUCAUCAAAUUGCAUAAAUAUACAUAUAUAAAUAUAUAUAAUCACACACUUUAAUCUGUUCCAUUGUAAAAUGGAUCUUCAUACGUGUUUUAUACUUUGGUCACAUUUGCUCUACGUGGAGUCGAAAAAGAGCCGUUUUAUUCAUUGUUAUUCAAACCACCCAUAUGUAGCUGUUACAAAAAAAUGUUAAGACGGCUGUUUCCGACUUGCCGUACGGCUGCUGUAGCAAAUGUGACCGAGGUAUUACUGUACAGUUUUCAUGCCAAAAUAUGUUUAUUUGAGCGUUCUAAGAGUUCAUGUUAUUCGUAUAUCGCCAUGUAUAUUAGAAGGUAUUUAUCUUAAGUGUUCGUACACGCUCUUAUUGUUUCAUCAAACUUGGCCAAAGAUGUAUGUAUCUAUAUAUUUGAAUUAUUUCAUAUUUUAUAUUGUGUAUGAUAUAACUAUACGUAAUAUGUGCAACAGACCAAAUUUUACCUUAUUCAUUUUUGUAGAUCUCAGAUCAUUGCGAAAGAAACUAAACAAACAUUUUAUUUUCAAUUGUUCGUCUGCAGAAAUUAAGAUCAACAUGUAAAUAACGAUGACAUUGAAAU